AUGUGGGUCGCGGUCGCGAGCAGCAGGUCCCUGUCCGUCGUCUUCGGCGCGGCUCUUUUCGCGUCGCUUUUCUGCGCCGCCAGCGCCCUCAGCAGCAGCUUGCUCAACGGACAGUCCGCCUCGGAAAGUCUCCGCCUUUCCGCCGACCCAGUCUCUCCAGAAAGCCUUAUCGCCGCGGCACGACGGACUGCGCAAGCUCUCGCAGCGGCAAAGCCUCCAAGUCGAGAUCAGGUCGACGGCGGCGCGAAGACGGCAGCCGGGCAUCCAGUGGGCAAGAUGCGGUUCAUGGUCACGGACGCCACACAGGGCCCCCAGGCUUUCAGUCAGAAAGUGAAGGACUUGCCGCUGCACAACAAGAUCGUCGCGGAGCUCAAAGGAAACGUCUCGGUGAUGUCCGCGAUGGGCAUUACAAUCAUCGAGGUGCCCAGCUCUGUGAGCGAUGAGGACUUGAAGACUCUCAUCACGGCCUUGAGGGAGGCAGGCGGCCUUGUGGAGGCGGACUCGCCGGUUGGGAUUCAGCUGUAG